AUGGCCGCGGACGCGAAUCCCAGGUUAUGUAUGUGGACACAACCUCGAGGAGCCGUGGUUCGGGACACUCUUUACCUCGACGGAGGCCAAAUGCAAUAUUGUCAAUGGGACGCAACAGGACAGACAUGGCUUCAAGGCUCUGCGGUGUCUCCUCCGGACCAGGAGCGCGGGUACCUGUACACGUUGAACUUCUCCAAGACCUUUGAGCUAUCCGCAAAUUUUUCGGACAUAUUUUCAAUCCUCCCGAAUGCUGGUGGGUUUAGCAACAAUCCACCAUUUAUUGAUGGCCACAUGUUUGCUGAUGACUACGAGCUUUAUACGUACGGUGGUCUUUCCCUCACACUUGAGGGCGAAAAAGCAGAUCUCAUUAACGAUCAAUUAUACAUGCCAGAGCCUGACUCUGGGAAGGAGAAUAUCUACCAGAACAACUGGGCUCCCGACUUUGAUACUCACUAUCUUCCUCCGCCACCAACAAGCAAGAAUGUUACACACGGUGCUGGUGUAAGCAUUCCAAGCGAACAUCUAGGGUUUUAUUUUUCAGGAAUGCAAACUCCAUCCGGGGGAUUUCUUGUGGCUUACGGUGCAGAAGCUAUCUCCGUUACACUUGGCAACAUGCUCAAGGUUGAUAUGAAGUCGAUCCACAAUGCUGUCUGGGAGAACAAGACCCUCCCCGAUCACGUAGGUGGUCGUGGAAGUGCAAGUCUCGCGUGGGUACCAGUGUCCGAUCAAGGCCUAUUGCUUGCCAUAGGAGGAGUCACGAAUCCAGUGGACAUUCGCUAUACUACCAAUGCGUCGCUUGAUAGUGAAGCUAAUGCAGUAAGCCCUGGGUUCAUGCACACUAUUUCGGUAUAUGAUAUUCACAACGACGUUUGGUAUAACCAAGACACUUCUGGAGACCUGCCACCACAACUUGCCGAUUUCUGCGCUGUUGUGGCUCACCAACCGGACGCAAAAUCUUACCAGAUCUAUAUUCAGGGAGGAUAUAACGGGGUCGACUUGAACAAGGAUCUGAACAUGGAUGUCUACAUUCUGUCAAUUCCUUCGUUUCACUGGACUAAAGUUACGCCAUUAAACCAAGCUGGUGCGCGGUGGGGUCAUGUCUGCAUAACCCCUUACCCAGACCAGAUGUUUGCUGUUGGAGGCCAGGGAAACUAUAAGGAUAUACGCUUUGCACGAGGCAGGUCUGUGGAAGUCCUCAACUUGAACAAACUCAUCUGGCAGGACAAAUACACUCCAGAGGAAUGGUCCCACUAUAAGAUCCCUCCUCAAGUCACUGCCGCCAGAGACCCUAGUGUAGCUGCCGAUAAUAUGAACGCUUCUCUCGCAGCGCUGUUCACCCAAGAGUAUCAACGGGAUAUCGUCAAUUGGUAUCCUUACACUUUGAUAUCAACUGGCAGCAAAAGCAUAUUGGGUCCAAUACUAGGAGGUGUUUUAGGUGGAGUUGCUCUUGUAGUUGCUGCAUUCGGGUUUUGGCUUUGGCGACGCCGGCAGCAAAGGAGGAAAAACCGUCAAUCGAAGACCUCUACCGCAACAUCAGAGACCCUCCAGGGCUCCGGAGACCACCUGCAUGGCUGGUUUCGAGACCAAGCUAAGCAAUCUGUGUCUGCUGUGGCAAUGGAGAUGGACACGAGCGACCAGGAAACGGUACUCGGUUCUCGUAUUCAAGGUGACGGCGAGAUCGCAGAGCUAGGAGGUCGCGGCAUCUUUAUGCCCAGAAAUUCGAUACAAACAAAUACGCCGCUGUCCCCAGAAACCCUUCCCGAAGUGAGUGGCGAAUCCAGGAGGAUAGGUGAGCUUCCCGAUUCCUCGACCCAACAGGAUUCGGCGUCCUCUCGGGGCGAGCCCGAUUACAAACCACAUAGGCAUUCCAAUCAUCCCCUAGUUUACAACAAUGGCCUGAGCGCAACUGACUCUACCGCUGGGCAAUCUACUGCUGGAGGGAUGUCUUCCGUCGGCGCCGAGGAAGGUUCGUUUCGGGGACGUGACUCAUUCCAAGGGUUUCCUUUCAGCGAGAGCAGGCGUGACAAUUACGAUAAUGUCUAUCUCGGCGGGGUGGCGUUACCAACAAAUGGACCUGUCACCACAUCUCCGCGACAGCGCCGUAUUGACACUUACUUCCAGACGUCAGAGCGAACGAACUUCGAUCCGCUACCUUCACCCAUCAAGCCGCAGCCGGAAGGAGAUGAUAUCUACGGGAAAAAGCGGCCGCCGAAUGCACCUCGCCAGGAGUCCAAUGCAAGCAGCAACUUCGUCAUCACACCCUUGGGAAUUUCCGACUCGACCCAAAGGGCUGCAAGUGAAGUGGGCAUGACCAGCGCAGCACUAGCCACCUCGCCUUUAUCACCUAUCCGUCCUACACACCGGCGCAACGGUAGCAGUAUGAGCAGUGGUGGCCAAAUAAUAGCGGGCAAUAGUCCAACACUGCCAUAUCAAGGUCCCGAGGAGGAUCAUCGCCAAUCGGCAUUCAUCGAGAACUUGCCCGACCAUCCUUCCAGAACCUCGACCAGAGCUUCCAAUGCGAAACGAAAAGACAUCAAGCCUCCUCCUACGCCAGUAGACGAGGAGGACCAAAUAAAACAGCCUGAUACCUAG